AUGCAGGUUCGGGCGGCACAGGUCAUUCUGCUGAUAUUGUCGCUGGUUCUCUCGGUCGUUAUACUUAUUGCAUCCUCGAAAUAUGCGGCCUGGUCCCAUUCUAUGGUGUCAGCGGCAGCUGGCACGUGGCUGCCGCUAGUGUUUUACGUCGGCACCAUCCCAUUUGUCUCACUACUGUACACCGUCGCCCAUUUGGCGGCUCUACAGUUCAACGGCUUACCUUCACCACCGUACCUCCAAAACGGCGGAUACUCAUACCCAAAGUCGAAUGCACAUGCUUACGACGCCGACUAUGCUGUCACGAGCUCUUUCUUCAUACUUUGCGUCACGGUUCUUCAUACGCUCGCAUGGCUUGCUCAGUCAAUUCUCUGUACGUCUUGUGAGCUGGCUCCAAUUCUGCAGGGCCAUCAAGGGCUCGUUCCGAAAUGGUGCCCACAAUCGCGAUUUCGAGACUCCGGUCAACCAGGGCUCGCCAAUAUGUUAGGCACGUUGGCGCCGGUGAAGGAUUUCUUACAGUGGGUCAUGGUUGUGCUGGCAGCCGCGUUGAUCGAAUGCGCAAGGCGCGAAUAUGUCCGCGCCGAAGUUGUGCGACGACAACAAGUGAGGAUGAUGGGUGCGGGCGUGGACUUUGGAGGCCGGAGCCAAGGCGCAAACGCUGUUGUCCAAACGAAAACCCCCGGAGUCGAGCUUAAUGAGAUCAGUGGGCCACAACUCAUUUUCAGAGCAGAGGAGGAAGCUCGAAGGAGGCAAGAAGAAGAGGAGAGAAAACAACGGGAAGAAGAGAAGAGGAACAAGCAGUUGACGACGGGAGGAAGCUCGCUUCCACCCCAGCCGACGGGGCAGGGAGUGUCCGGGAACAAAGACAAUUACUACGGCAAUGGGAUGGGGCUGAAGAGGAGCGGUACGUUGAAUUACAUGUACGAGUCCAGGGUAGCCACAGGACCUGCAGCUAUCGCCACCGAACCUGUCGCGCCACGUCCUGCUCAAACUGCAGCUCCCAAGCGGUCGCCUCAGCCUGUGGCACCGCCGCCGCCGGGAAAAACAGACAACUACUACGGGAAUGCGACGGGCUUGAAAAGGAGUGGAACUUUGAACUAUAUGUACGAGUCGAGAAUCUGA